AUGAAAUUUGGCCAUUCCGCGCAACGUGUCAACGAGAAUACGUGGAAGACCAAAUUUAAUACCAGAAAACAUGGCGGUGUACUAGCUGGUGGUUGGAAGAAUUUUGCGCUUCGAAAUGGCUUAGAAGAAUUUGAUGCGUGUCUGUUUGAGCUUGAUAAGGGGACAAAUGACAACGUUGUCUUGGAAGUUAGAAUCUUUCGAGUUGUUGAAGACAUAACUCCACCAACAAUAUUGAACUCUGUUAGAAUUGAGGAAAUUUAUGCAAUUAAUGAUAAUGAAGACAUGGAGCCAUUAAAUCCCGUUGAUGAUGCUAAUGAGGAAGAUGGUGAUGAUGAAGAGUUCAAUGAUGACUUUAUGGAUAUAAUCUUACGAUUCACGAUCCGAUUCUACGAUUCCGAUUCUACGAAACCCAAAACGAUUUUGCGUAGAAUCCCGAUUUUAACAACCUUGAUGGGAGAAGAGGGUACGGAAUGCAGAAGCUGGGAAGAAAACAUCUAUUGGACCCACUUUCAAUGUGUGCAGUUCUUUCAAAUUCUCUCUGGGCAUUUCCAUCACCAACUAGCUGUCCCCAAAAAAGUUUCCAACAAUUUGAAACUGAAACGACCGGAAACCAUCGAUCUUAAAGGUCCAAGUGGUACAACGUGGAAUGUAGGACUAACACUAGAUGGGGAUACUUUGCUCUUCAAACAUGGUUGGCAAAAAUUUGUAGAAGAUCAUUCUCUAGAAGAAGGUGACAUCUUGAUCUUUAAAUACUAUGGGGGAGGACAUUUUGAUGUUUUAAUGUUUGACCGACGAAGCUUUUGUGAGAAGGAGGCUUCAUAUUUUGUCAGAAACUGUGGACGUGAAGUUCGCGAGCAGUGCCAGAGAAAGAAAAACAUAACCAACAACUCUGUUGAAGUUGCCCUAGAUUCUUCACAUGAUGAUAAUGAUGAUGAUGUUGAUGAUGAUGAUGACGACGACGUUGGAGGCAAUUCAUCAAAGAAGAAACGUAAGGUGGAUGAUUUUUUAGUCCCAACUUCAUCAAGAUGGCAUUCCCGAGGUAAAGGAACUAGUCGGGCUCAGAAGGGUGCUACUCAUAUUAAAUUGCUUCAACGCAAGAAGACCUUGAGAAACAGAGAACGUUCUACUUGUGCAGAGGGAGAAAAAGUUAAUUAUGGUGAGUUUCUUCAAAUUUUGAUUUCCAAAGAAUAUGCUACUCAAAGGCCCAUCAGUAGAAAUUUAGCCCGUUCUGUGAAACUUGUAUCCAAUAGAAGACCUAUAACUGAAGAGGAGAAAGAGAAGGCUCUGAAAAUGGCAGCGUUUGCAGCCUCAACCAAAGACAGUUUCGUACUGGUUAUGCGACCUUCACAUGUAUACAAGUCGUUUGUAAUGUUUUUUUUUCUCGAAUUUGAGUGGGCUUUUGUAAAUCUUGACUCUGUAUUUGUGAUGGCUCUGCAGACAGUCCCUACUGCAUGGGCUACCAGGCAUCUCCGGCCUGAAAACCAAGAUGUGACUUUACGUGUCAAAGAGAAUACAUGGCAGACCAGAUUUUAUUUCAGGAAAUAUGGUGGUGUACUAGGUAGUGGUUGGAAGGAUUUUGCUAUUGAGAACAGCUUAGAGGAAUUUGAUGUGUGUCUGUUUGAUCUUGCAAGUGAGAAAAACGAAGCCGUUGUCUUGGAUGUUAGUAUCUUCCGAGUUGUUGAAGACAUACAUCUGCCAACGAUAUUGACGUCUCCCUCCUCAAGGCACAGAAGGCCGUCAAAGUAUGCUAGGGGAAAAUUGAUCAAGGGCACAGGUGCAUGAGUAUGUUGGUAAUUUGCUCUAUGUUUUGCUCCUAAACUUGGUUAUGAAAUAUUGGACUUGUUGGAAAGUUUCUAAUCUACAUUUUGACAGUGUUGCAUGUUUUAAAGUAGUCUGUUAGAUAUAGCUCAUGUUAAUGAUAAUUAUAUUAUGUUUUGUUAAAUGUCAUCACCAUCGUGAGGAGGAUUCGGUGUCUUAAUUUCUCUGCUCGCCCGGGAAUGCAUUUUUCUGACUCUGGCUGGAUUUAAUUAAUUUGUUGCUGAGCUAAACGGCAGUUUGUUAUGUGGGAAUUGAUUUUAUUUCAACAGACAGCAGCAUAAACAUGUAUGGUCAUCAUUAGCAUAUUGAAAUUAGUUAAUUAUUGCUUUCAA